CUAUAUAGAGCAACCGUCCAAUCACCACCAGCAGGGCCAGUCCACGCUGCCGCCAGCCCCGCCUCCCCACAAGCAGCAGCCGUCGGUCACCGCCCUCAACCACAACUCCCUGAGCAGCCGCAACCGUAACCACAGCCCGGCCCCACCGGCCGCCCUCCCCGCCGAGCUGCAAACCACGCCCGAGUCCGUGCCGCUGCAGGACAGCUGGGUCCUGGGCAGCAAUGUGCCACUGGAGAGCAGAAAAUUAGCAAAGCAAGCCGUUCUGGAAAACGGGCAUGACAACCUGAUAGAGAUGGAUGUGUUCCCUCCCGCGUGCCACGAAGGCGCCUAUGGGGAUGGGCACUUCCUCUUCAAGACAGGCACCGGCACGACCCCUCUGUUCAGCACGGCUACUCCAGGCUACACCAUGGCAACGGGCUCCGUCUACUCGCCGCCCACGCGGCCCCUACCCAGAAACACCCUCUCCCGCUCCGCCUUCAAGUUUAAGAAGUCCUCCAAGUACUGCUCGUGGAGAUGCACUGCUCUCAGCGCCGUGGGACUGUCCGUCCUGCUGUCUGUCCUGCUCUGCUAUUGCAUAGGUAGGAUAGUACUGCUACUGU